UCUCUCGCUCUGCCCAGGACGCACAGAUGAGAGCGCUCAGCAGACUGGUGCGUCUGUCUUUCGGUCCUUCCUAAUUUUCCCCUCCUCUGGGGAAAGGUCAAGGAUACCUGAACCAAAGUGUCUGGCGGGGUGUAGGGGGGGGUGCAUCUGUGCACAAUCAAGGGCUUGGCCCUCCCGAGAGCGCCCAGGGGCAGGGGCCUCCUAGGUUCUGGCGGCCGGCAGGGGCGACCGGCGCAGCGGGUCGCGCAGGAUUGCGGCUGAGGUCCCACCAGCGAGAAACAGAGACUUUCAGACAUUUAGUCCAGAGACUGCAGCAAGGGAGGGGGACGAGGGGCCAGGGCCGGAACGUCGGGGGAGGACUUGGGAGCGCGGCGACCAGAGUCGUGUGCUGGCACCUGCGGGGGCGAAUGCAGGGGCUUGGCCGAGAUGACUUUGGACCAGAGCUCCCUUCCGGCCUGCAGAGAUGAGCUUGGGGUUUAGCUUAGUGAGAAGUGAGCAGCUUUUCAGCCGCAGUGCUGCGAAGGAGGCGGAUGGAGGAUGAACUGGAGCCGUCCUUACGGCCUCCGACGCAGAUUCAGGGCAGGAUCCUGCUCCUGACCAUCUGUGCUGCCGGCAUUGGUGGGACUUUUCAGUUUGGCUAUAACCUGUCUAUCAUCAAUGCCCCGACCUCGCACAUUCAGGAAUUCACCAAUGAGACGUGGCAGGCGCGUACUGGAGAGCCACUGUCUGACCACCUAGUUCUACUUGUGUGGUCCAUCAUCGUGUCUCUAUAUCCCCUAGGAGGCCUCUUUGGAGCACUGCUUGCAGGUCCAUUGGCCAUCAUGCUGGGAAGGAAGAAGUCCCUCCUGGUGAAUAACAUCUUUGUGGCGUUGGCAGCGAUUCUGUUUGGAUUCAGCCGCAAAGCAGGCUCCUUUGAGAUGAUCAUGCUGGGAAGACUGCUUGUGGGAGUCAGUGCAGGCGUGAGCAUGAACAUCCAGCCCAUGUACCUGGGGGAGAGUGCCCCUAAGGAGCUCCGAGGAGCUGUGGCCAUGAGCUCAGCCAUCUUUACCGCUCUGGGGAUCGUGAUGGGACAGGUGGUUGGACUCAGGGAGCUUCUAGGUGACCCUCAGGCCUGGCCUCUGCUGCUGGCCAGCUGCCUGGUGCCCGGGGCGCUGCAGCUCGCCUCCCUGCCUCUGCUCCCCGAAAGCCCGCGCUACCUCCUCAUUGACUGUGGAGACACCGAGGCCUGCCUGGCAGCACUACAGCGACUGCGGGGCUCCGGGGACUUGGCAAGGGAGCUGGAGGAGCUGGAGGAGGAGCGUGCUGCCUGCCAGGGCUGCCGUGCCCGGCGCCCAUGGGAGCUGUUCCAGCAUCGGGUCCUGAGGAGACAGGUGACAAGCCUCGUGGUGCUCGGCAGUGCCAUGGAGCUCUGCGGGAAUGACUUGAUGUACGCCUAUGCCUCCUCCGUGUUCCGGAAAGCAGGAGUGCCAGAAGCGAAGGUCCAGUACGCCAUCAUCGGGACUGGGAGCUGCGAGCUGCUCAUGGCGAUUGUUAGUUGUGUGGCAGUCGAGAGGAUGGGUCGGCGCGUGCUGCUCAUCGGUGGGUACAGCCUGAUGACCUGCUGGGGGAGCAUCUUCACUGUGGCCCUGUGCCUGCAGGUAACUGGGGUGGAUGAGGGCUGGAGGGUCCAGGCUGGGCUAACUUCCACCUCACCCCUGCCCCGUCCACGGCAGAGCUCGUUCCCCUGGACACUCUACCUGGCUGUGGCCUGCAUCUUUGCCUCCAUCCUCAGCUUUGGCAUUGGCCCUGCUGGAGUGACGGGGAUCCUGGCCACAGAGCUGUUUGACCAGAUGGCCAGGCCUGCUGCCUGCAUGGUCUGCGGGGCGCUCAUGUGGAUCAUGCUCUUCUUGGUCAGCCUGGGAUUUCCCUUCGUCAUGGAGGCCUUGUCCCACUUCCUCUAUGUCCCUUUCCUUGGUGUCUGUGCCUGUGGGGCCAUCUACACUGGCCUGUUCCUUCCUGAGACCAAAGGCAAGACCCUCCAAGAGAUCUCCGAAGAAUUACACAGACUCAACUUCCCCAGGCGGGCCCAGGGCCCCACGUGGAAGAGCCCGGAGGUUAUCCAGUCGACAGAACUCUAGUCCCAAAGGGGUGACCAGGGGCCAAAGCCAGCUGCUGUCCUGUCCUCUGCUUCCUGCCAGGGCCCUGGUCCUCACUGCCUCCUGCAUUCCUUUGUUUAAGGAGUGCUUAUUGAGCACCCUUUGUGUGCAGACAUGGCUCCAGGUGCUUAGCAAUCAGUGAUGAGAGUGGUGUUCCAGGCUAAAGGGAAUUAACUGACAGAAAAUCAGUAACAACAUAAUUACAGUCUGGUUGUGGCAGCUCAUGACUGUAAUCCCAGCACUUUGGGAGGCCAAGGUGGGAGGAUCAAUUGAGGCCAGAGUUUGAAACCAGCCUGGGUAACAUAGUGAGACCCCCCUAUCUCUACAAAAAAAUAUAAAAAAAAAAAAAUUGAAAAAUGAGCUGGGCAUGGUGGUAUGUGUUAACAGGUCCAGCUACUCAGGAGGCUGAGGCAGCAGGAUCACUUGAGUCCAAGAGUUCAAGGUAGCAGUAAACUACGAUCACACCACUGCAUGCCAGGCUGGGUGACAGAGGAAGACUU